AUGGCCACCAGGAAGUCGGGGUGUUGUGGUCUCUCCACUCUGGAGGCCACGCUGGCCGUCCUGUUCAUCCUCAUGACGGGCGUGUCUGUGACACUGAUCGCACUGAUGGCUACCUGGAAAACACACACAGGUCCAGAACCAACCGGUCCUCCUGGUCCAGAACCAUCCAGUCCUCCUGGUCCAGAACCAACCGGUCCUCCCGGUCCAGAACCAUCCGUUCCUCCUCAGCAUAAACCGUACCUGAUUGGAGUGGGCCGAGGCGACUGCACCGGGCCGCCUGCUGAAAUCCCUCUGAUGGGUUACGCAAACCCUCAGCAGACGGCUGCAGGCAUACACACUCGCCUGUACAGCCGAGCCUUCAUCAUCGACGACGGGAGGCAGAGAGUCGUGUUCGUCACUGCUGACGUGGGAAUGAUAUCACAGAGGCUACGACUGGAGGUUCUGCAGGCGUUGCAGGUGAAGUAUGGGGAUCUGUACCGGCAGGAUAACGUGGUUCUGAGUGGGACUCACACUCACUGUGGACCGGCCGGAUAUUUCCAGUACACUCUGUUCAUGAUCAGCAGUAAAGGCUACAUCAAGGCGUCCAUCGAGCCGCUGGUCAACGGCAUCGUCAAGAGUAUAGACACGGCCCAUCGUAACAUGAAGCCAGGCCGAAUCUACAGGAGCAGAGGAGAGCUGGGCGACAGCAGCCUGAACAGAAGUCCUCACUCCUACCUGAACAACCCCGAGGACGAGAGACACAGGUACAAGUGGAAUACAGACAAACAGGUGCUGGUGCUGAAGUUCACUGAUCUGGACGGAGACGGGAUCGGGAUGCUCAGCUGGUUCGCCGUCCACGCCGUCAGCAUGAACUACACCAACCGCAUGGUGAGCAGCGACAACAUGGGCUACGCCUCCUACCUGCUGGAGCAGGACAAGAACCCUGGAGAGCUACCUGGACAGGGAGGCUUUGUGGCUGGUUUCUCCUCCAGUAACCUCGGUGACGUCAGUCCGAACACCAGAGGACCUCACUGUGUGAACACCGGGCUGCCAUGUGACUACCUGAACAGCUCCUGUCCUAUAGGAGGGACUAAGAUGUGUCAGGCGUUCGGACCUGGAGACGACAUGUUUGACAGCACGAGGAUCAUUGGACUGAACAUCUACAGGAAGGCCAAGGAGCUGUAUGCCACUGCAGUCGAGGAGGUGACAGGUUUCCUUCACUCUGCUCAUCAGUGGGUCAACAUGACGGACGUUACUGUUCAGAUCAACAGUACACACACGGUCAGUACAUGUAAACCAGCUCUGGGUCACAGUUUUGCAGCAGGAACAACUGAUGGAGGAGGAGACCUCAACUUCACUCAGGGUGCCGUGGAAGGCGACCCGUUCUGGGACGGGAUCAGAGACGCUCUCCUGGGUGAACCGUCCAAUCAGACGCAGGAAUGUCAUCACCCCAAACCAAUCCUGUUCAGCACAGGGGAGAUGAACUGGCCUCUGCCCUGGCACCCUCAGAUUGUCGACGUUCAGAUCAUCACCAUUGGAUCAGUGGCGGUCGUAGCUGUUCCUGGAGAGAUGACCACCAUGUCGGGGCGGAGGUUAAGAGAAGCUGUGAAACAGGAGCUGCAGGUGGAGGGGGCGUUCAGGGACAUAGAGGUUGUGAUCGCUGGCCUCAGUAACGUGUACACUCACUACAUCACCACCUAUGAAGAGUACCAGGUGCAGCGUUAUGAAGGAGCCUCCACCAUCUACGGUCCGCACACGCUCAGUGCCUACCUGCACAAGUACCGAGGUCUGGCCAGAGCCAUCGCACAGGACAGAGUGUCGGAGCUGCCCGCUGGCCCUCAGCCUCCCUUCUUCACAAAGAAUCUCUUCAAUCUGCUGUCCAAGGCCCCUGUUGACAGAAAACCAGAGAACACCAGCUUUGGAGAUGUCCUGCAGCAGGUGUACCCCAUCUACAGACAGGGUGAUGUUGUCUCCAUCACAUUCGUAGCAGGAAACCCCAGACAUUCUGGAGACAUCAGAGAUAAAACUUUUGUUACCGUGGAGAUUUAUGACAACAGAACAGAAACCUGGGAGGUUGUGCACACUGAUGCAUCAUGGGAGACUAGGUUUCAGUGGCUGAAGGGUUCGAACCAGCGGAGUAACGCCACAGUCGAGUGGCACAUUCCCCCGUCGGCCCUGAGUGGCUCCUACAGGAUCAAACACUCCGGACACUACAAACAGAUUAAAGGCCUGCGACCCGUGAUCACGCCAUAUGAAGGAGUGUCUGACAUCUUCACAGUCACUGCCAGCUUUUACUACCAUUGACAUCACCAAUUCCAAAGACCAGCAACUCCCAGGACGUCUCUGGGACAUCUCCGGGACUACCUGUAACAACAACUUCUGAGUGGGAUGCUCAGACCGAGGCUCAGAUUGAAAGGACAUUUUGUAAAAUGAGUUACUAUGUAUAGUAAUUUACAUUUAAA